ACAUGAGUUGUUGUUAACGCUGCUUGGCUGUCUACCCUUCAGUGGAUAAUCCUGCCAGCCACAGUAAAUUGGCCCAAUGUACUGGCCUCAAGUCAUUACUAGUUACCUCAGCCACAAAGUAAUAAUGAUCAAAUCAAAUUUUAUUUGUCACAUGUGCCAAAUACAACAGGUUUACUACCUUACUGUGAAAUGCUCACUUACAAGCCCCUAACCAACAAUGCCGUUCAAGAACUAGUUAAGAAAAUAUUUACUAAAAUAAAGUAAAAAUAAAAAGUACCACAGUAGAAUGACAUAACAAUAACAAGGCUAUAUACAGGGGGCCCGGUACCGAGUAAAUGUGCGGGGGUACAGGUUAGUCGAGGUAAAUUGUACAUGUAGUUAGAGGUAAAGUGACAGUGCAUAGAUGAUAAACAGAGAGUAGCAGCAGUGUAAAAACAAAGGGGAUGGUCUGGGUGGCCAUUUGAUUAAUUGUUAGCAGUCUUAUUGCUUGGGGGUAGAAGCUGUUAAGGAGCCUUUUGGACCUAGACUUGGAGCUCCGGUACCGCUUGCCGUGUGGUAGCAGUGAGAACAGUCUAUGACUUUUGUGACUGGAGGGUUUGACCAUUUUUGGGGCCUUCCUCUGACACCGCCUGGUAUAGAGGUCCUGGAUGGCAGGAAGCUUGGCCCCAGUGAUGUAUUGGGCUGUACGCACUACCCUCUGUAGCGCUUUAUGGUCAGACACCGAGCAGUUGCCAUACCAGGCGGUGAUGCAACUGGUCAUAAUGCUCUUGAUGGUGCAGCUGUAGAACAUUUUUUAGGAUCUGGGGACCCAUGCCAAAUAGUUUGUCUCCUGAGGGGGAAAAGGUGUUGUCAUGCCCUCUUCCCAACUGUCUUGGUGUGUUUGGACUUGGAUAGUUUGUUGGUGAUGUGGACACCAAGGAACUUAACUCUCCACCUGCUCCACUUGAACCUCAUUUAUGUAAAUAGGGGCCUGUUUGGCCCUCCUUUUUCUGUAGUCCACGGUCAUCUCCUUUGUCUUGCUCACGUUGAGGGAGAGAUUGUUGUCCUGGCACCACACUGACAGGUCUUUGACCUCUUCCCUAUAGGCUGUCUCAUAGUUGUUGGUGAUCGGGCCUACCACUGUUGUCAUCAGAACUUAAUGAUGGUGUUGGAGUUGUGCUUUGCCACGCCGUUGUGGGUGAACAGGGAGUACAGGAGGGGACUAAGCACACACCCCAGAGGGAACCGGUGUUGAGGAUCAGCGUGACAGAUGUGUUGUUGCCUACCCUUACCACCUGGGGGGCGGCCCGUCAGGAAGUCCAGGAUCCAGUUGCAGUGGGAGGUGUUUAGUCCAAGGGUCCUUAGCUUAGUGUUGAGCUUUGUGGGCACGAUGGUGCUGAACGCUGAGUCACUGAACAGCAUUCUCACAUAGGUGUUCCUUUUGUCCAGGUGGGAAAGGGCAGUAUGAAUUGAGAUUGCAUCAUCUGUGGAUCUGUUGGGGUGGUAUGCGAGUUGGAGUGAGUCUAGGGUUUCAUGGCUACCGAUGUGAGUGCUACUUAGUUAGUCAUUUAGGCAGGUUACCUUCGCAUUCUUGGGCACAGGGACUAUGGUGGUCUGCUUGAAACGUGAGUAUUACAGACUCGGUCAGAGCGAGGUUGACAAUGUCAGUGAAGACAUUUGCCAGUUGGUCAGCGCAUGCUCUGAGUACACACCCCGGUUUUGAGUUUGUUUUCCAGUGAUUGCACGUUGGCCAAUAGAACCGAUGGUAAUGGUGAUUUACUUACUCGCCUACGAAUCCUAACAAGGCAUCUCAACCUUCUCCCCCGGUCUCUCCGCCUUUUCUUCACACGAAUGACAGCUGUACCGUAUGGAGCGCUAUGAUGAGUGCAAGGCUGUCUACACGGACCUGAUCAGGAACUCCCAGGAUGAAUACGAAGAGGAGAGGAAGACCAACCUAUCAGCCGUAGUGGCUGCUAUGAGCACAUGGGAGAAGGCUUCUCCGGAUGAUCUUGGCCUGUCUGAGACGACAUACGAGCUGAGCUACAACGCUGCCUGCACUCUAAUUGGUCGAGGCCAGCUCACAGAGGCUCUGAACAAACUACAGGAAGCAGAAGAGCUUUGUCGGGUUUUCUUCUCAGAGGAUUCGGAUAUAACUGAGGAGGACGUUGAGUCGGAGCUGGCUGUCAUCCACUCCCAGAUGGCCUACAUUAUGCAGUUACAGGGUCGGACAGAGGAGGCGCUGCAGCUCUAUAACCAAGUCAUCAAGCUCAAGCCGUCAGAUGUGGGACUUCUAGCUGUGACUGCUAACAACAUCAUUACAAUAAACAAGGACCAAAAUGUGUUUGACUCUAAGAAGAAGGUGAAACUGACAAAUGCCGAUGGCGUUGAGUACAAGCUGGCUAAGAAGCAGCUGCAGGCCAUUGAAUUCAACAAAGCUCUGUUGGCUAUGUACACUAACCAGGCAGACCAGUGCAGAAAGCUGUCGUCAAGCCUCCAGUCCCAGAACCCAGGCCACCCGCGGCCAGUUUUGAUCCAGGUGGCUCAGCUGUGCAGAGAGAAGCAACACUCAAAGGCCAUAGAGCUGCUUCAGCGUUUCUCAGACCAGCACCCAGACAGUGCAUCUGGUAUCAAAUUGACGAUGGCACAACUCUAUUUGACUCAAGGUCACGUUACAAAAGCAUGUGACAUCUUGAGGUCGAUCGAAGAUUUCAAGCACAAACAAGGGAUGAUCUCAGCUCUGGUAACAAUGUACAGCCACGAAGAGGACAUCGACAGCGCAAUUGAUGUCUUCAGCCAAGCUAUUCAGUACUACCAAUCUGAACAGCCUGGUUCCUCUGUUCACCUGGCGCUCGUACGAGAGGCCGCUAAUUUCAAGCUAAAGUACGGACGGAAGAAGGAAGCCAUCAGUGACUUGGAACAACUGUGGAAGCAAAACACCAAUGACAUCCACACUUUGGCACAACUUAUCUCGGCUUAUUCUUUGGUGGAUCAAGAUAAAGCCAAGUCCCUCAGCAAGCACCUCCCCUCCCCUGAAAGCAUGUCGUUCAACGUGGACGUAGAUGAGCUGGAGAACUCUCACGGAGCCAACUAUGUCAGAAAGAAGGCUGCUAAAGUAACGGGGGAGAACCUACCCAAAGAACAAGGCCAGGGGGAUGUUAAGAAGAAGAAGAAGAAGAAAAAGAAGGGCAAACUGCCCAAGAACUACGACUCAACAGCGAACCCUGACCCGGAGAGAUGGCUGCCCAUGAGAGAGCGCACCUACUACCGGGGCAGGAAGAAGGGCAAGAAGAAGGACCAAGUGGGUAAAGGCACGCAGGGGGCCACGUCAGGAGCUGCAUCCGACCUGGAUGCCAGUAAGACUGCCAGCAGCCCCCCCACCUCCCCCCGACCAGGGUCAGCCCAAGCCUCUGCCUCCACCUCGGCCCCCGCUGCCGGCAACGUGGUCCCUCCACGACAGCAGAAGCCCGCUGCUGCAGGGCCAGGGGCCCGCAAGAAGGCCCCUCAGAAGAAGAAGAAAGGAAGCAAGGGUGGCUGGUAGACUGGAAGAACGCUGCAGAUAUGGAGCAACACAUUGGCAACCACCACCACACGGCCCGGAACUCACAGAAUCAUGUGCUUUGUCAUUUAAGUUGAUUCGCUUGUUUGUUUUUUUUAACCACAAACAUUGUCCAAUUUGCAGUUGUUGAAUAGGUUGCGAUGAAUUGAGUAAUAGGCCUCAAUUCCCUGCCUGGUUCCUUCACGGUUAGAUAAAAAAAAAAUGUUGAAACAAUUGUCGGAGAACUAAUGGAAAUGGCCAGAGACCUUAUUUGUUUGUUGUAGGCAAGUGAGUUCUCUAGUUAUAAUUUGUAUCUUCGGUGCAGAGGAAAUUUACUGUUUGUUUUUUCUGUUCUCUGAGCCUGAGUUUUUGAAAACUGUUCUUUGACCGUAAACUAAUUUCCUUGACUUGCCCACUCAAAAAGAGGCAAGCUUUGUAUGCAAAAGUUAGUAUAUAUUUCUUUCCUGCAUUGGUUUCGUCUAAAGUAAAAAGACAUUUUUUUUUUAUUAUUAUUGCGUAGCAGUACAUCAUUUGCGUAUUGUUUUAGGAAAAAUUAUGAAAGCAAACGAUUUUGGCCAAAAUGUGUGUCCCAUUAUGUCUUAAUAAAUACGCUUCCUUAACUGAAA